AUGGCCAAUCUCUCUGCAGUAUCUGUGUUCAUUCUCCAAGGCUUCUCCACUGUUCCUGCAUUACAGUUGCUGAGCAUGGCCAUCUUUCUUCUCAUAUACCUGGCUGCGGUUCUGGGGAACGUCUCUAUCCUGAUAGCUGUGACUCUUGACCCCCAUCUGCACACACCCAUGUACUUCUUCAUCAAACACCUCUCCCUGGUGGAUCUCUGUUCUACAUCCACCACCCUGCCCCCCCUGGUGGCUACCAUGGCAGAUACCAAAGAGAUAUCCCUCCCAGCCUGUGCAUCUCAACUCUUUGCUUUUGUCUGCUUUGGCUCUCUGGAAUGUUUUCUCAUCACUUCCAUGGCCUUUGACCGCUGUCUAGCCAUCUCCAGGCCCCUGACAUAUGGUAUUACCAUGAGUUCUCAGAUCUGUGUCUUUCUGGUAGUGGUGGCCUGGGUCAGUGGGCUCCUCUUUUCUACCUUCCACAUGGUCAACACUUUCUCCUUGCCCUUCUGUGGCCCCAACGUGAUUGAUCACUUCUUCUGUGACAUUCCCCCACUCAUGCAUCUAGCCUGUGGUGACACCCAAGGCCACGAGGCUGCAGGUUUUAUAGUUAGUGGCUGUGUCAUCAUGACUUGCUUUGCCCUCACCUGCCUGUCUUAUGUUCUUAUUGUAUACACAGUGGUUCACAUCCGUUCUGCAGCUGGGCGCUGGAAGGCCUUUUCCACAUGUUCCUCCCAUCUGGCCACAGUGCUUCUGUUUUAUGGCACUGGAAGUUCAGCCUACAUGCAGCCCACAGCUCACUACUCCCCACUGCAAGGGCGCAUGGCUGCCAUAUUCUAUUCUAUCCUCACACCAACUCUGAAUCCACUUAUCUACAGCCUGAGAAACAAGGACAUGACAGCAGCUCUGAGGAAGCUUUCUGCACAGAUUCCAUCAUAA